AUGUUGAAACUUAAGAGAUUUGUAUUCAAACUCAAGGGAUUGUUAUUCAAAACUCCGAAACCAAAAUUUUCAACAGAUUUAUAUUUAGACGAUGAUUGCUGGCAAUAUGUUUUCAAAUUCAUCUUCGACGACGACGAAGAUGACAACCGUCGCCACUUCAAAUCUCUUUCCCUCGUCUCCAAGCAGUUUCUCUCCAUUACCAACCGUCUCCGGUUCUCUCUCACCGUCUGGAAUCCAACACUCCCUUUACUCCCUCGUCUCUUUCCAAGGUUCACCAAUCUCAUCUCUCUCGACCUAUCAUGGUUCUUGGGAGACAUCAACGACCUUCUCGUCCAAAUCUCUCGUUUUCCAUUGAAACUAACCUCGCUCAAUAUCUCCAACCAACCCACCAUUCCCGCACACGGCUUGAGAGUUUUCUCUAGAAAUAUUACAACAAUAACCUCUCUCGUUUGUUCCCGCAUUUCUUCUCUCCAUAUUGACGACCUGUAUCUUAUCUCUGAAUGCUUUCCUUUCCUUCAAGAACUUGACAUCGAUAACGAUGAAAAACAUCAGAGUGAUUUUGGCAUUAGGAAUGUUAAGGUAAAUUCUACUACGCCAAUGGUGUUUCCUAACCUCCGCAAGAUUAAUAUCUCUCGUCAUAACAAUAUCGACGACCAAUGCCUUUUACAUUUAUCCAAGAAUUCUGAGUUACUUGAAGAGCUUGUGAUGUUGAGAUGCCCAUCUAUACAACAUUUAAAUCUUUUAAGGCAUGCUGAUGUUUGGAAUGACCAACAUGUUAUGGACUUGUCUUUAUUGUUGGGUCGUUUAGUGUCUAUAAACCUUAGUUUUCGGACGAUGCUCACAGAAUCAACUUUGUUUUCCCUCGUUCGUAAGUGUCCUUCGCUCACUCAGAUCAAAAUGUGCUACACAAAUAUCGGGAAAGAGGAUAUAGUGAAUUCCAAUUCUUUGAAGGAUUUUGUUGUACGCCCCCAAUUAAAGUCUCUCCAUUUGGCUAAUACACAUCUAAGAGAUGAAAGCAUCAAAAUGUUUGCUUCCAUUUUUCCCAAUUUAGAGCGGCUUGAUUUGAGCAAGUGCCAUAACAUAUCUGAUGAAGGUAUUUAUCAAGUUUUAAGGAGAUGUAGUAAGAUUCGAUAUUUGAACUUAGCUAGCUGUGAACAAGUGAAGUUGCAUGAAUUGAACUUUGAAAUUCCUAAAUUGAAGGUGUUGAACUUGUCAUUUACAAGUAUUGACGAUGAAACACUUUAUGCAAUCUCGAAGAGUUGUUCUGGACUUUUGCAACUGUUACUAAAAAGUUGUUAUGAGGUGACAAAUAAUGGAAUUAUGCAUGUCGUAAACAACUGCACGCAACUUAGAGAGAUUGAUUUGGUAAAUUGUCGUAAACUGCUUCCCAACAUUGUUGACGAGGUGAUAUUUUCGAGACCAUCAUUAAGAAAGUUAUAUAUUUCACUUUACCACAACAAGAGGAAACUCUACUCGCGUGAUGGGUGCCUUGUAUUUUGA